GCCCUUCUCUUAUAUAAAACAAUAAAAUAUGCUUUUUUCUAAUCAAAUAAAUUAGCGCCUUUUAGGUAACUUUUUCUUUUCAAGGUUUAAAGAUAAAACUCCAGGUCAGACAUGUUCUGCAGCCGUACAAGAACUUUACAAAUUGUCCAUAGGAACUAAAGGAAUGGGCGUUCCUGAACAAAAAAUAAAUUACCUAACUUUCAUGGAGGAUUUGAAAGUGAAGGAACUGGAACUCGUAGAGAAAGUUCAAAAAUUAUGCAAAUUAAAAGAAAUUGUUCUCGACCAUGUAGGAAGCACCAAGAUAGCUAAUUUUAAAGAACAAUUUCAAGAAGUUUUUCUUAGAAAUUCACUUGAAGAUCGUCGAACGUUGCUUAAAUGUCAGUUAUCAAAUGCUAGUUUAACUUUAUAUCCCGAUUAUGAAAACAGAAUUCAUUUAUUAAAAAGGCUGAAGUACGUCGACUCUCAGAAUAAAGUUGAACUGAAAGGUGUUGUUGCUUGUGAAAUGGGAAUGCACGAACUCCUUAUAACUGAGCUAAUUUUAAGAAAUUAUUUAACAAAACUACAACCUGCUGUGAUAGCUGCACUCUUAAGUUCUCUCGUUUUCCAAGCGAAAACUAGAGAAGAACAGUCGAUAUCGGAAGAACUGAAAGCCGGAAUUGAAAUAAUUAAAGAUGUGGCUCAUGAAAUUAGGUAUUUAGAAAUGUAUUAUAAGAUUAGAGAUGAAAGUAACGACAAUGAGCUUAAUUUUGGUUUGGUGCAAGUUGUCUAUGAAUGGGCUACAGGCAAACCAUUUGCAGAAAUAAUGGAAUUAACAGAUGUCCAGGAGGGUAUAAUAGUUCGCUGCAUACAGCAGUUAAAUGAAAUUAUUUCGAAAGUAAAAGAUGCAGCCAAGUAUAUUGGAGAUCCCGAGUUAAAAAAUAAAAUGGAAGAGGCCUCUACAGCAAUUAAAAGAGACAUAGUUUUUGCUGCCAGUCUUUAUACUCAAAAAGAGGCAGCAGCCAUUUGAAUUUACCGUUGUAUAGUUAAAGUAAAAAAAAAUAGAUUAAUGUCUACCAGAGGAAAGUACCUCUGGUGUGCAGCAUAGCUCUAAUAGUGUAUCAAAUUAUUAAUUAUAAAUUUAAACAAUUUUUGUUUUUUGUGUAAUUAAUUAAUGUGGCUGCAUGUAAUUUUGAGUCUUGAAAUACACACAAAAUAUUAAGGAAACAUUAUAAAUUUCAUAUUCUACUUUUUUGAACCAAAAGUUUUGUGCCUUUUUAUUCAAUUUUAAGCUUA